AUGGCCUACUAUGGAAAAUGCAUUGAAACUGUCAUUGAGCAAUUGAACAAAUUUCAGCCUGAGAAGGACAGUCCUGAGCAGUUCCUGGAGGCAACGUCCACAGCCCUACAGACUCUGAGCCCCCAGAAGCAGGCAUUCAUUUUGGAGCUGCUGUCUGGGUGCCUCGAGUACCGGAAGCUGCUGGCCGUGGUGGUGGACGCCUUCUACGUGCGGGCUGGCUGGUUGUGCCCACGGGCCGACUACAGCCUCUUCCAGGUGAUCUGCUACCUGGCCAUGUUCCAGCUGCAGGAGCUUGGCUUUCAGCUCUUCUGUGACAUCGUGAGGGCCCAGCCCGUGGACAAAAUGCACAAGUUCCUCGGGUUCUUCUUCAACCCCUUAAACCUGUGCUCAUGGAUCAAGGAUGAGUGGAGCCUCAUCUAUGAGACCGCCCAUGUGAGAGAGAACUGGAUCGACCCCCUGAUGAGAUGGCAGCCGGAGGUCCAGGAGCUGAUCCACCAGCUGGAGGAAGUGAUGGCCAAUCAGCUCCCUCGUUCAAAGACCAAGGCCAGGGUCACAGAGCCCAAGGAGUUCAACCUGACUGUCCCCCGGCCCCGCGCCAUUCCGGUCCCCGAGCCAGUCCCUGUCGUGGCCAAGUCAAAACCAGUCCCCAGGAGCACCUACCAGCCACCCAAGGAGCAGCAGCUGUUGGAGAUGGCCAAGAGGUUUAAUCGCUGGAAGGCCGAGGAGCUGCUGCUGCAGGCAAACAUUGAGGAGAUGCGGUGUGCGGUGCCCCGGUCCCAGGGGGAGCCUCCGAUGCAGGCCUCUAAGAAGAAGCUGCAGCUCCGGCUCAUGCCCCAAAUCAUGAAGACCUCAAAGCUGACCUUCUACGAGCCCAGUGAGGUCCCGGUCAAGCUGAACACAGCUGCCAUCCUCCGAGAAGGGUCUCUGUACCAGCGGCAGGUGGAGAAAGAGCUGCAGAGGGUGGAUCAGCUUGUGGACGGGGCCGGGGACUUCUCUGAGUUCCUCGAGUGGCAAAAGAAGAUGCAGGCAAAGGACCGGGAGGAGGAGCUGACUGCGGGCGAGUGCCGGCGGCUGCUGGGCAAGCUGAGCCGUGAGGAGGCCAUCCUGGCCCGGCAGCACGUCACGCAGGAGAACAAGCAGAAGGCCAACCAGAAGAAGGAGGAGACGGCGGAGCUGCUGCAGCAGUGCGCUGAGAGGCGCCUCCAGGAGGAAAAGUCCAUGAAGGAGCUGGUGGAGCAGGUGACAGAGGCGCAGAAGAACGUCAAGCUGGUGCAGAUGAAGCUCCUGAAGGACCGGAGGCAGACAGUUCAGGAGGUGAUGGAGGAGAGCCGGGAGCUGCUGCAGCGCAGCGCAGAGACAGCCAAGGAGGAGCAGAAGCGGCGCUGUGAGCUCAUCUCCCAACUUCGAGCCCUGGAGACCCAGCCUAUGCGCAAGGGCAAGCUCGUGGACCUGACCCAGAUCCCUGGGUAUGGCCUGGAAGGGGAGAUGUCUGUGGUGGAGCUUCGAGAGCGGCUGGCCCUGCUCAAGGAGAGCCAGCGGCGAGAGGAGGAAGAGAAGCGAGACCAGAUCAUCCAGGGCAAGCGCGCGAGAAGCCAGGACCUGCAGAAUAGGGUGGAGCAGAUCUCGCUGUGCCGAGCAGCCAUGGGCAGGUCUGCCGCCCUGAGGUGGGAGGAGAAGAAAGCCCGCUCUGCUGCCCCGGGGGUGCCCUCCCAGGACGAGCGCGUGCUGGAGCUGCAGCGCAAGGUCGAGGAGAAGGUGGCGGAGCGCCGCCGCAAGCAGGCAACCCUGAAGCCGGUGCCGGCGCCGGCGCCGCGCCCCGCGUGCACUAAGGCAUGGGCGCACCUGGAGGAGCAGCACUGGCGGGAUCUGCAGCAAAGCCGCGAGCGCCGGCUGCGAGCGCUGCAGCAGAGCACCUCGGCCGCCGGGCACGGGCGCCGCCUGGAGGCCGCCUGA